CCUUCCACAAGAUGGACCGUUCUCCUCUCUCUCUCUCUCUCUCGGCCGCCUUCUUUCCAAGCGGCGACGACAGGGGAGUGACGCCGCCCUUGCUUCGCCGGCCGACAAGAGACAUCUGACUUGAGAAGCUUCGGAUUCUGGCAUUCUGCUUCUCUCGCGAUGAGAAUCUCUGAGCGGCUGGGUAGCAGCGCCGUUGACAUGCAAGUAGAUCAGGGAGAGGAAAAUGAAGAUGGCGCACUUGAUAAGACAGAUGAGCAGCCAACUCAAUGUUUGAAGCUCGAAAUAAGCUACUCCUUUCUGACAUCCAUUGCGCUCAUGCUGGCUUGGGACAGGAAUGCUUUUCUUCAAAGCAAAUAUAAUGAUAGGAUCAAAUAUGAGGAGCUCACAACUGCACAGAACCAGCAUACGAGUGCCAAGAAUUACAAAAAAAUUUCAACUGAGCUGCCUCUUCUAUCACUUACCAUCGGCAACAAGAAGUUCAUUCGUACGGGUGAUUGCAACAUACUCGCUUCUUUCUGCUACGUAACACAGCUAAUCGUGUGCAAGUUGUUCUAUGAAAAGUUGACUAGAAGAGUUGAUAUCCCCUUCUCGGACAUCACAUCUCUUCUUGUCUGUUUUGACAAUAGAGGAUUUGAUACCUUGAGAAUAAAGGCGAGGUCUUCACUUGAAUAUUUCUCUGCUGAUAAGCCACUUCCUGGAAAAUUUACUAGCUGGAAAGUGGACGACUCCAAAGAAGAUAACUGUUUUCCUGAAUCAAAAUUUGUCUUCCUUGAGAUAGAGAAGGGGAAGCUUGAAAAGGGCCUUGCAAAACUAUUAUAUAUUGAUCCGAGAUUACAACGUACAGUGGAAUUUGCAAGAGCUUCUGGUGACCAACACAUGUACCAAGGCCGUGUCCAUGCUCACACACAGCAAACCAACAUGUCUGCUCCUCAGCCGUUCCUAUCUGUCAAUGUGCUCCCUACAUUGGAGGGAGAAUGUAGGAUGUUCUUAUCACCUCUUCAUUCAUAGGUAAGGAUCAGACCAGCUUGGGUGUAUGAUUCAAUGAACAUAUCCUUGAUUGUGAAUGAUACGAUGAGAUGAUAAUAUGCUUCUGAGCACGUAGAUAAGAUGAUGAAACUUUGGAAAUGUGAUAUAUAUUCUUUUAGGUAGACUAGGAAAUUUCAGUUUUGCAUCUAGUGUAUUGGAUUCCAUUAUAGAUGAACCGAUGACUAAUGCCAAGGAGAUAAAAGAAACUUAUUAGUAAAUAUGUCUUCUUAAACUUCAGCAGUGUUGUCAGCAAGAUGCAACACCUUAAAACCUCAUCUGGGUUGUCAGCUAUACUUGUUCACAAAAAUAUUUACAUCCUUGUAUGUGAUUGUAUGGAGUGUCAUAGUGGUGCC